GGCCUGUUAGUUUCUCGGAUUCGCAUUUGCGACAGUUCUGGCACGUGCCAGUAAUCACAUAAGGUAUUCCACAUUUGUAGCAAUGGAUCUGAUGCGCUUGACUGUAUUGUUGCGUUCGGUGUUUAUUCUAUUGACAGUUCUACCUAAUACAGUUGCAUUGUAUUGAGUUGGUAAUAUAUCGAGAGGGAGUUCAGGAUAUUCGGCAAUAAAUGAGAUACCAGAGAUGUUAUUGUGAAUUGAAGUACUGUUAAGACACCGGCGCCGCCUGCAGGUAUGGCGGACGUGUGCUUGCUGUUGCUGCUUUGCUAGAUUUGAGAUAUCCGGGAUUAUGGUGCCGGGCGAUACUGUGACAUCUAUGCAUGUAAAUAACCUAGGGGAUUUUUGGUUUAAUUAAAAUAAUAAAAGAAAGCAACAUAUGGCUGGUGUUUUUGUGUUGUUUUCUAGGGACUUUCUUGUUUGCGAGUUUGCGUCAAGUUUUCGUUUCUCCAUAGCACAUGCAACGUAAAUGACUUACGAUUUGUGACUGAUGCUGAAGUCAUACCUAUUCCUGUGAGGAUCAAAACGUUGGUGAAAAUGUCUGCCAUUGUCAAAGUUGAAAUAAAACAAGAAGAAGCAGUAACUGCAUUCAUUGCUGAAGAGGUUUUACUGAGCAAUUAUGUCUCCAAUACAAUCAAGAGGGAACAUAAUGAUAUUAGCAAUGCAACAGCUAAUUUGGAAGCACAUUCUAAACGAUCAAAAGAUUUUAAAUGUGACCAGUGUGAUUACGUAUCCCACUACAGGCGCCGUUUGAGACAGCAUUUGUUAACACACAAGACUGUCAAUGAUUUUAAAUGUGACUAUUGCGAAUACACAGCCAAAUAUAAACGCCUUCUGAUGUACCAUCAGUUAACACAUAACGUCAAGGAUUUUCUAUGUGGUCGGUGCGAUUACGCCACUAACACCAAAUCCAAUUUGCAAAAACAUUUGCUAAUACACGAUACUUCCAGCGUUUUGAAAUGUGCCCAGUGUGAUUAUAUAACCAAUUACAAAUCCAAUUUAAGAAAACAUGAUUUAACACACAAGCUAAUCAAGGAUUUAAAAUGUGCCCAAUGUGAUUACGCAACCAAUUGCAAAUCUAAAAUAAAAAUGCACAUGUUGGUACACAAAUCUUCGAAGGACUUGAAAUGUGCCCACUGUGAUUAUGCAACCAAUGUCAGAUGGAGUUUGAGAAAACAUUUGCUAACACACAAGACAACUAAGGAACUCAAAUGUGCCCGAUGUAAUUACGCUACCAAUGACAAAUCUGCUUUGAGAAAACAUUUUUUAUUAAAACAUCAGGAUAUGCAAAAGGAUUUAAAAUGUAGCCAAUGCGAUUAUGCAACCGGCAUCAGAAAAUAUUUUAGGUAUCAUCUGUUAACGCACAAGACAUCUAAGAAUUUUAAAUGUGUUCAGUGUGAUUAUGCAACCAAACGCAAAGGCUGUUUGAAAAAACAUUUCAUAACGCAUAUUUCCAAUGAUUUAAAAUGUACCCAGUGUGGUUACACAACGUCGAGCAAAUACAAAUUGAGAAAUCAUCUUUUGAGACACCAGUUAAUCUGUGGACUAAAAUGUGGGCUGUGUGAUUACACAACCAAUAACAAAUCUCAUUGGACAAUACAUUUAUCGACUCACAAGCCUGCGAAUGAUUUAAAAUGUCAUCAGUGUCAUUAUAGAACCAAUCAUAAUUCUCAUUUUAAAGAUCAUCUGCUGACGCAUAUCAUUUUCAAUAAUUUAAAAUGUGCACAGUGUGAUUUUGCAACUAAGUAUAAAUCUAGUUUAAAAAACCAUUUGUUAACACACGAGAAUGUCAAGGAUUUAAAGUGUGGUCGGUGUGGUUAUGCAACCAACUGUAAAUCCAGUUCGACGAAACACCACAACACUUGUAAGGAUUGGAAAUGUAGCGAGUGCGAUUACACAACCAAUUACAAAUGCCAUUUGAAAAGACAUCACGCAACACACAAAACUGUGAAGUGCGAUUUCGUAACCGCACACAAGAUUACGAAGGAUUUCAAAUGUGCCCACUGUGAUUAUGCAACCGGUGUCAAACAGAGUUUGAGAAAACAUUUGCUAAUACACAAAAUAUCAAAUGUUUUUAAAUGUGCACAGUGUUUUUAUGUGACCGAUCGCAUAUCCAAUUUUAAAAGACAUCUCUUAACACACAAGAUCUGCAAGGAAACAUCUGUUAAUGCUUUAUUGUAGUCUGAUGACAUUGAAUAAACUGCACAUUGUAACUAAUUUGCAAUACUCUGGUCAAUCAUUAUAUUACGCGUCCAUUUCUCUGCUUUUAGGCAUUGAAUUUUGUGUUUGAUUCGAUUACCAGAUUUUUAUCGUAUAAUAUUUGUGUAUUUUCUCGCAAUUUGUUGCCGUAGUUAAUUUAUUCUAUGUAUUUGUGGGGGUUAUGCAGGGGUUUUCGUCCAGAAGAAGGUUUCUCUAGUAUCGCAUUUUUGUUUGAGUAAUAUAU